CCUCAAAUGAAAAAGAAAAAAAAAAGGUAAAAUACAAAAAGAAAAGGUAUAAAUAAAUCAAAACCCGAACCCACCUGACCGGUUUCCUUUUCCGACUUGCUCUUAAGAAUUUUGGCGCUCGGGAACCUCUGUUCGACUCGUUCUCUCCCAGAAUCAGUGAGGUUGUAAUUUGAAAUUACAAGUAGUGAUGGGUGGUCAUGGAGGUCUGAAUAUAUUGCCUCAGAAGCGGUGGAAUGUGUACAACUUUGAUAAUAGAGAGAAGGUUCGGCUGGAUGAAGAAGCCGCCGCCAAAGAAGAGCAGCUCAAGCGGGAACAGGCCAGGCGGAGAGACACCGAGUAUCGAAUUGAGCAGCUCCGGGUGGCCCGUGGAUUGGCCCCAUUGAUCCAACCCAAGGAGUCUGCUGAAGAGGAAUCCAAGCCGGGCCCCUCUGCUGAAGUGGAGUCGAAGCCUGGUCACAUUAAUCUCUUUGAAGGGAUUAAGAUUUUCGACCCUAUCAAGGGGUUGAAGAAGGAGGGAAGUGAUGGGAACGAUGGGUUUAAGAAGAAUAAGAAGAUGAAGAAGGAGGAGCCGCCCAGGGUUGUGACAGCAGAGGAUGAGAAGUAUAGGUUGGGAUAUGGAGUUGCUGGGAAAGGAGUGAAGUUGCCGUGGUACCUUGAGAGGCUUAAUGCGGAUGCAAAUGGUGAGAGCGGCGAGGAUGAUGAAUCGUCGACAGGGGUUAAGGAAGAGAAGAAGAACAAAAGUGGGAAGAAGACGAUAGAAGAGCUGAGGGAAGAGCGGUUGAGAAGGGAGAAGCGAGAGAAGGAAAGGGUGCGCACUUUGAUUCUGAACAAGAGCCGGAGCCAGAGUCGAAGGGAUGGAGCUGAUUUUAAGGAUAGAAGAUUCACUAGGAGGUGAGUUUCCACAGAUGUUUAUAACUAGAGCUUUGGAUUUUCAGAUUCCAAUUGUUUUUCUGUAACAUGUAUUCAGUGUUUCAACAGUGUCAAUGUUUGAUGGUGGUUGUUUCUUUCACAGUGUUACUGAAUUGAUAUUUACACAAAUGGGAAUGAAGUAAUGCAAGUGACUAUUGUAUUUUUUCUA